UAUUUUCCGAUUUUGCGAUUUCCGCUGUCGGCUGUUCUUACUUCUUGUUCUUCCAAUUAUUUGAUAAAUGAUCGAGAUUUAUGUAAUAAACAAUUUGAUUACUAUUAAAUAAGUAAGGCAUAUAGUUCCGGUAUAGAUUGUGGUACUUACUAAUUAAUUGCAUCAUGUAAGUGUUAAAAUAAGUAAACAAAGUCCGGUACAUUCAAGGAACGUUCGUAUUUUAAUUGAUAUUCUGAUUAAAAUAUUUCCUGCAUGUGAUGGGAGAUAGGGAUUGGAGACCGUUUAUUUACGGCGGCCUCGCGUCGAUCGUCGCCGAGUUCGGCACAUUCCCCAUUGACACAACAAAGACCCGUCUUCAGAUUCAAGGCCAGAAGAUAGACCCGCGUCAUGUGGAGCUGCGGUACACUGGCAUGGUGGACUGCUUUGUGAAGACAUCUCAGCAGGAAGGCAUCAAAGCAUUGUAUUGUGGCAUAUGGCCAGCAGUGCUGCGUCAAGCAACAUAUGGCACUAUCAAGUUCGGCACAUACUACUCGCUGAAGAAGGCGCUGGCAGCGAGACGAGCCGAUGGCGGGUCGAAGGAACAUCUCGCCACAAAUACAUUCUGCGCAGCAUUUGCUGGGGGCCUGUCCAGUGCCAUCGCCAACCCCACUGAUGUGCUCAAAGUUAGAAUGCAGGUGGGCGACGAGAAGCGCAACCUAGUGCGGUGCUUCGCGGACAUGUACCGGCUGGAGGGCGUGCGCGGGCUGUGGCGCGGCGUGGGGCCCACCUCGCAGCGCGCCGCGCUCAUCGCCGCCGUGGAGCUGCCCGUGUACGACGCCUGCAAGCGCCGGCUGCUGGUGCCGCUGGGCGACGCGCCGCUCAACCACCUGCUGUCCAGUCUGCUGGCCAGUCUGGGCAGUGCCGUCGCCAGCACUCCGCUGGACGUGGUGCGGACGCGGCUUAUGAACCAAAGGAAAAUGAAGGAUCACAUAGCGAAGGCAACUGAAAAGGUGUACUCUGGAACUGUUGACUGCUUUGUGCAGACAGUCCGGAACGAGGGUUUCCUGGCGCUGUACAAGGGCUUCGUGCCCACGUGGCUGCGCAUGGGGCCGUGGAACAUCAUCUUCUUCAUCACCUACGAGCAGCUGAAGCGCGUCUACUGACUCAAGCGACUGUGGACCUUGUGCCCGCCGCACACGGCUUAUUGUGCCGUGCGCCGCGCGGCGAAGUAAAGUGCGGACUGACGGAAACUGUAAAUAAGGUAAUAUAGUGAUGUGUUGACUGCGGGGCGCAGCUGACUGUUGUCCGUAAGCUUUGUUAUAUAGUUUUGUACACUGGCGAUAGUUUUAAGUAGAGAUUUUCUAAUGUCACAGCCAGAGCGAUCGACUAUAGAUGCUGUAAUUUUACACGUCAAUAGGGAAUAUGUAUGUAUUUUUUUUAUACAAAAUUAUGAUAAAAGAAAAUCACGAGGUUUAUUAAACAUUAUUUUUUGGAAAAACUCUUAAAUUAUUAUAUUUGACAUAUUGUAAGCAUUUAAAACACCGCCAUUCCAACGCACUAUGCGAAAUGUUGAAACCACAAUGUGUCGGCUAGUAAGGAAUGCAACACCAAAAAUCUAGCCUUAAUUCAAAUCACAUGCAUGUUCCUUAUUAGCACUAAUAGAUGAUUUAUUACUGUAGCUGUGUAACGCCAGCUACACACGGUCAAUUAUGCCAUCAAGUGUACAGCGGGAUUAAGGAUGGAAAAGCAUAUCGAAUUAGCGUUAUAUUUAUGAUUUCGAUAUUUAUGACUUUGAUGGAGUGAGAGUGUACUUGACCGUGUGUGGCUGGCGUAAGAGGACGAGUACUGCAAGUGUUGUGCAAUUAUAGUUUAGUUUGUAAGGGAAAUUGUAGCUGUGAAAUGCUUACUAUGUUAGGGCACCUAGUGCAUUUACACUAUACUAUUUAUAUUGAUGACUUACAAUUUGUAUUGAUUAUUCACUACUGCUUACAAUGAACAUUACUAAUAUGUAUUUUAAAUAGAAGCAGAUUGAUCUUGUAAUUGAAAACAAAAAGAACUCCCCUUUAUCGUAAAACCCGUAUCCUUGUAGCAUGCAGCUGAGGAGUUAGGUGUGAAGUUUGUGUAUAAUUAUGAAUAGUCAAGCACGUAUCUAUUGCGUAUAAUAUUUAUAUUGACGAUUACGAAAACCUGAGGAUAUAAGGAUUUUUUAAUCUGUAAUUGAUUUCAAUAAACUAUCUAUCGGUGAUUUGUUUGUUGACAUUGUUGUCUUGUACUACUAUGAUUAUUUUUUGACGACUCAGACCAAUCAUAGAAGGACCUGUAUCGCACACAUAGUCACGAACAAAAUUAUCUGUCAUUUUCUGAAGAAAACGAGCUUAGAUUUGGUAUAUAUCUUAUACUAAACUAGAAGUUUUUGCCCGUUUUUUACACAAUUCAAUUACACAAAAAGGUAUUUUUACGGAGCUUUAACCGACGUACACGAUUACAACUAUUUAACAUCGAUACAGUUUUUAUAAUCGCAUUAGAUCGUUGAUCAUAUACUUUGACAGAAAAGUAACGUCUAGCGAGGCAGGUCCUAUAUAAUAAUUGGUCUGAGUUUGAUGAACACUAGUGUUGCUAAGCAACCCAUCUACAGAUUACAGAUAGGUAGGAUAAUUAAACUUGAUACUUGCACAAAAAAUAUGAUUAAAAUGGAAGCCUAAAUAUCCAAACUAAGGUUUGUUGACAGAAUUAAAGGUAUAAAUCAAAAUAAUGUAUAGUACUUAAGCACUAUGUAAUUAUGUUCUUUAAGAAUAAAAAAGUUUAGAAGUCAAUAAGUUCAAAGUUUUUAUGGUAUAAGGAGUUUUAGGAAUAAAUUGAAUCCGCUGUUCCAUAAUUUUGAUGUGUAUUUAUCGUUAAAACCGAGUUUGUUUCAAAAUAAGUUUAUACAAAUCGGCAUUUAUUUUAAAAUAUUUUGUAUGAUAUUUACAUUUUAGACUAUUGUUUUGCCAAAUAUAGGUUCGGUUUUAUAGAUUUAAUGCUUCCAUAUACUUAAGUGCCACAACAUUUCUAUUGUCUUAUAUUUGUAAAGUAACAAAAAAUAGGUCCUUACGUAUGAAACUGGAUUAUUUAUUUAAUCAAAGUAUUUUAUACCAUUGCUAUGUAUGCACUUUUGCCAUCUUCUAGGUAAUUUAUUCCCUUUACUAAAAUAACAUUCAGACGGGAAUCAAUGAAAUCUUUGAAAGCGCUUUGGACUGCUUAAUCGGAGUUGACUUUUUCUCUUUCCCUCGGAGUUGAAGUUAUCCAAAUUUCGAAAAAAAAAUUGUAAUCUGUUGGAACAAAGACCGGAAAAUACGGAGGAUGUCUUGGAAAAAAAAGGAGCUUCGACUGGAAAAUCCAAUCGAAGCUCCUUUUUUUUUAAAUCACUUUGGUCUGUUGCGCAGUGUGUGGUCUAGUGUUGUCCUGCAGCAGCAGUGGCCGAGGGUGACUGACCAGCUUCGAAUAUUCAAUAAUAUAAGAAAGUUGUAGUGAACGACACCGGCAUUUUAUCGAGUCAAUUUUCGCUUGGCUGGAUCGCCAGGGUUCAGCCAUUGCGAUGAGCAUUUCCGAUUAUCGUCUUUGUCGGUAUUUGUCGGUUUACCCACCUUUCCCAAUUUGUUUAAGUGGUUUAUAACAGUUUUAUCACUAAAACCGCAACCUGCAGCUAGCUCGGACGUGGCUUGCGAUGGAUCCGCUUCAAUAGUCUUAAAUUCUUCAUUAUCAACUUUGGUCUCCAGCCGUCCUCGAGGCGUGGGCUGCAGCUCAAAGGUGCAAACGCACUGUGCUUCCUUUUGCGACACUGCCGCAUAACACAUCAUUAAUCCUAUGAGCCGUUUCUGCAGCACUGGUGCCACGAUGGAAACUUAACUUUAACUCGUAGAUAAAUUACGCGAUAUUUCAAGUUUUCCAUUUUGUAAACUGAGUGAGUGAAUGAGUAAGAAAAAACCAAAAGAUGAAAAACAAAUGAAUGUGCUGUAUUUUGAAAUUAGAAUUUCUAACCAAAGAGGAGAUAUUUGAGAUCAAAGUGGCCAGGACGAAAAAAUUAUAAUUAAUUACAGUACGAUCUAUUUCAUAUGUACGGAACUAAUAUUUUAGAGUAAGUUGUUAUUUUCCUUGUCUCAGCAAUACUAAUUGUUGACAGUGAAAAAAAUGCUUUAUUUCUUUAUUCUUCAUUUGGUCGUGGAACAUAUCCGUUUUAAAAAUGUUAUUAUGGGUAGUAAACUUAAUAAAUCUGGGUUUAUUGUUAGUAAAUUGGUCUUAAUUGGCACGUUUUUGAACUAAUAUAAGCUUUUAUAACGGUUGUUGUUUUUUGACAUUUCUGCCAAAUCAUUUAUUAUUUGUAUUUUAGAUACUAGAUUUAGAUAAGACAAGGCGAGGAAUUAAAAUAAUCAUUUAUGUAAAUUAUUGUUGUACCUACUGUACACUGUUGGUUGUCACAAAAACUACUCAAAAGAACUAUUGUUAUUGUUACCAUAUAUAAAUUAAGUAAACGGAAGUAAACACAGUUCACAUAAAUUCGUGUUUGGAAGCGAUCUGAAGAGAUAGUGGACCGGUUUAUUUAUUUUAUUAAUGAAUAUAUCAUUAUUAUAAUUAUAAUGUUAUUUUUAUUGCAAUUCAAAUAAGAAAUGUAACACUUUUCUUGUUGCAUUUUUUUACUGUAUUUUAAAUGAUUAAUACAAAUAUUUUACUUACUAAACUAUACAUAUAUUAAUUAUUUUUACGUGGCAUUACAACACAUUUGUACACUGUGCAUAUGUAGUGUCUACGACAUGAUGUCACCCUGAAACAUCAUGCGUUCAUUCAUCUAUACUUAUAAUAUAUCUGUAGAGAGGUCAAUUCUGUACAUGAAAUAUAUUUCCAAAAUAACUAUCAGGGGGUGAUUAGUGAUCGAUAGUGAUGCCAAAAAUGCAAUCAGUAAAAUUUUUGUCUGUCUGUCUGUCUGUCUGUCUGUAUGUUCUUUAUAGAAACAAAAACUACUGAACGGAUUUUAACGAAACUUGGUACAAUUAUUUAACGUACUCCUGGGCAGGUUAUAGUAUACUUUUUAUUACGCUACGAUUAAUAGUAGCAGAGCAGUGAAGAGAAAUGUUGAGAAAACGGGAGAAGUUACUCAAUUUUUUAAGCUUCCGUCGCGUGUACAGCCUUAAUGGUUAAAGCUACAUAGCAACCAUGUAUGACGGAAAUGUUCUCCUUAAAAUUAUCUAUAAAAACACAACAGCAUAUAUAUGUCUAUCUUUUAUGGUUGACUCACAAUAACACGUGUAACUCCCGAUAGCUUAGCAGUUCGGAGCUUUCUAAUUAUAUUUGUCUACUCUUAUGUUUAUAACACUCAUCACUCAUCCCUAAUAAGAAAGUUAACAUUAUUACCUAUUCAAUAAAAAAAGAAUCAUAAAAAUCGGUAAAGAAACACCAAAGUUAUACAUGAAAUACGCUAAGCCAUCGCGCGUGAAUACUAAUUCAUGCUUUAAGGACUUAAGGAUUAUUUUUGUAUAACGGUUGCCGCGCUCGACGCGACUCGCGGUGGGAGGAAUAAAUAAAGAAGUGCAGCCUUAAUGAGUAGGGUAGGGGUAGGGUUGGGAUAGAGUAGGGUAGAGGUAGGUUAGGGUAGGGUAGGAUAGGGGUACUUGAAAGUUUACAACGACUUUCACGCGGACGAAGUCGCGGGCGUCCGCUAGGAGACAAUAAAAAAGGCAGAAUGUCCAAACGUGUUGAGGUGCUAGGAAUUUAUGGUUUAUUGCAUUGAUGAAUAUUGCUGAACAAGCAUUGUGUAAUUUUAAUAUUGUUUAAUAGAUCUAAAAAAUCGAUGUUCCUUUUUGAAUUUGGUCGUCGAGUCCUUGGGUUCAGUCGGGUUGUCGGUGUAAUGUAAUCUUACUAACACAACUAUGUAUGUAGUAUGUAACUGACUGGUACAGAGGCUCUUACUAGGAAAACUUUCGCUAUAAUUUAAGUUCGUGUUAAACACACUUGUAGAAAUGUAACUAUUUUGUAAGUAGACACAAAGAAUUAGCCAAAUUUAUUAUUGAAUACAUAUUUUUUGGUGUAUAUAA